AUGACCCCACUGUCUCUAUUCCUUUUCCUCUCCACGCUUCUCAUCCUCCCUCUUUCCGCCGAGCAAGCAGUCACUUACCCAUCGACCAAGAAAUGGGACUACAUCGGCUGCUACAACGAAACCUCACCCCAAGAAAUCGGACCACGCAUCCUAAGCGGUGGCAUUGACGAGGCACUCCCAGGAAUGACAGUGCCUAUGUGCCUAGCAUUCUGCUUUAGUAAUUUCUUCAAAUUCGCCGGCGUGGAAUACGCUCAGGAAUGCUACUGCUCCGAUUUCUUCUCUCUCAAGAACAUGCCGGUGCGAGAGGAGCUGUGCGAUAUGCCGUGCGUGGGCAAUGGGUCCCUGAUCUGUGGCGGCGCGCUACAUGUCAAUGUUUAUCAGACGAAAGGCGGACGCCGGAAUGCGGCGGCGGUCCAAGAGAAGGGGUUUCGUGGCCGUUGGGGUUGUUGGUUGGCGUUGGGUGUGGCGCUGGCGGUUGCUGUUGGGGGUGCUGUUUGA